UUCAACAAACAAUUAUGUAUUAUUAAAAUCUAAUGUACUUUACAGAUAACGAAGAUCCUGUAUUGACAUGUCCACCUGACACCAGCUUAUCAACUGACGGAGGAAUGUCGACAGCUACUGUCACAUAUAAUGCUACGGAUGUUACAGUAACAGACAACUCAGAGGAAACUCUUGUUCCAACUACCACAACAUCAUUUCCAGCUCAAUUUGUGAUAGGACCAAAUAAUAUAACGUAUACAGCCACUGAUUCCUCUGGAAAUACCGGUAGUUGCACGUUUACAGUAACGGUUACAGAUAGCGAAGAUCCUGUAUUGACAUGUCCACCUGACACCAGCUUAUCGACAGACGGAGGAUUGUCGACAGCUACUGUCACAUAUAAUGCUUCGGAUGUUACAGUAACUGACAACUCAGGGGAAACUCUUGUUCCAUUUACCACAACAUCAUUUCCAGCUCAAUUUGUGAUAGGACCAAAUAAUAUAACGUAUACAGCCACUGAUUCCUCAGGAAAUACCGGUAGUUGCAUGUUUACAGUAACGGUUACAG